GGUUAAAAAAAAAACGCAGCAAAGCAGCUUCUCUCUGUUUUUUUUCUCUAAUAAUAAGCCUUUUUCACUUUUUUAGAGCGAAAAGUUAAAACCAUUACAAUAGUUGCCAGCCUCGCCGGAACAAUAUGGGUCGGAAUUAUCACAUGAAUCACCGGAUUUUGAUGUGGGAGAACCUUGAAACAGAUUUUUCCGGUGACCCGGCAAUCAAUAUACAGGAUACUGUGUUCGGUUUCCUGGACGAAGACAGCGAAGGCUCGUCGGCCGGCAGCUUCAGCGACGGAAGUUAUGGUGAUAAUCAUCAAGUCGAAGACGAGAUGGAGGAUGAAGAGAAGGAUAAUAAUAAUAAUUCAGAAGAUGCCGGCGAUAAAAAUUUCUGGGAAUCCCAGAAUGAGUUAUUACAGGCAACAUUAUGUAGAACAACUUCAUUAGAAACAAAGAUUCGAAGCAUUACAAAAGAAGCUGUAAAAGAAGCGCAACGGCCAGGGAAUGCAAUUUGCGUUUGCGGAAGAGGAGGUUUUGAUGGUUGUAGAUACUGUCUGAUGAAAGAAAUCUGUGGACGCCUUCAAAACGCAGGUUUCAAUUGUGCAAUUUGCAAGUCCAAGUGGAGGAGUUCACCAGAUAUUCCAUCAGGUGAACAUACAUUUUUGGAUGUUAUAGACAACUCAACAGCAACUUCCCAGAAAGAAGUUCGGGUAAUCAUCGAAUUGAAUUUCCGGGCCGAGUUCGAGAUGGCAAGGGGAAGCGACGAAUACAACCAGCUAAUCAAAAAGCUCCCUGAAGUUUUUGUCGGCAAAAUAGAGAGAUUAUUAUCACUGAUCAAGAUUUUGUGUUCAGCUGCUAAGAAAUGCAUGAAAGAGAAGAAAAUGCACUUGGCGCCGUGGAGAAAACACAGAUACAUGCAAGCUAAAUGGCUGAAAACCCGUGAACGAAUUACCACUACAUCUUCAAAGCCCGUAUCAUCAUCAUCAUCAUCAACAAUGGCAGGAUAUUCCGGUCGUCCAGCUCGGCCCAGGGCUUCAAUGCUUACUGUAGAUUUGUUGGAGAACUAUCCCGGCUUACAUCUUACUGCUGUUGAAGUGGUUUAGAUUAUUUAACCUUUGUCAUAACAACCUAUUUUUCCCCGUGUAAAAAAGUCCCCUGCCCACGCCUUUAAGAGGAAUGAAUGAGAGAAAUAGAAGUUUCUUACCAUUAAUUUUGCUGAUCUCUUCUGCCUAUCUGUGUGUAUACGGAGAAGAGAACUGCUAUAUUUCUAUACUAAUUUCAGGCACCUUCUGAUAAACUGUUCUAUAUCUCCCCCCAAGAAAGAAGCGUCCACCAAAUUGCUGCAGCAAGCAAGAAAAGCAAACAACAGUCCUGAAAAGAUCAUAGGCAUGAGGCGAAAACCUAACCAAAGUUUUUCCUAUGUAAAAAGAAGGCGCAAGAGCUGCUGUUGCUUUACUGUUACAGAGUAUAUUGAACAGUAUCUGAGGGAACAAAAACCUAUGCCUGAUGAAACCUGCAUAAGACUGGAAGCCUGCCCUAGAAGAUUUAGGCUGUUCUAGAGCUGUCUUAACGGUGGAUUUCGAUUAGCCAAGCAAUUAAGGAACCACCUACUUACAAAUCUAAGCAUGAACACAUAGCUGAAUCCAGAGGAUUAAACCUCAACUUGACAUCAACCAAACCUACUUUGAUUGAGUAGAACAAGG